AUGGUCAAUAUUAUGAAGACUUGGGUCUACACGCCUGUGUGCGUUCGAUUAGUUUCAAACGAUGGGAAGCGCAGCAAUGAAUCAUUUUCAGGUGCUUAUGUCGCCCUAAGGAGCUCUGCUAACAUUCUCUUGUUUGAAAGAAUCAUUACUAUAAGCUCAAUUUAUGACUUAUCAGGCUAUUCACUUAUUUUCAACUGUGCAGAAUUCAAUGAUGAAGAGACCGUCUAUUGGUAUCGCUGUAAUUGUGACUUACAAGUACCACUUCAAUCCUUAAGUCAUGAUCUCUUGAAGGUUUUAAAUUUUUUCAAAGAGAAUGGGUUUAAGAUUCUCCCUAACGAUGAUAUAUCUCAACUAAACGUCAUGUCACUAAAAAUUAAGGAUAAACAUUCUUUAAAGCAAUCACUUGGGGAUCUAAAGAUCCUUCGAUUUGCUGACUUGAGAGUUGGAGAAAGCAUGUUCGUCUCUUCCUAUCCAUUCAACUUUACUAAUUCACUAGUGUUCUCUCGAUUUGUUUCUAAGGGCAAUGCAACUUGUGUAUUAAAUUCGAAUAAUGACGUGCUUGGGUAUUUAAGUGAUCUUAAGUAUUUAGAGAAUAUGUUGGGUAGUGUAGCAACAAAGAAGUCGAAAGAGUCCGUUGGUUUAGUAAUGGGAAACAUAAGAAAGACUAACGGAGAUGGAGAUCUUCUUUUUGUGAUUUCUUGGAACUUCUUAUGGACUGCAUUAUCAUCACACUUUAAAAGACACUUAAGUGGACCCUUGCCCCCGAUUUCCACAGUGAGAGCUGCUUCUGAAACAUUAGAGCUGUUUGACAAUAUGUUAUCUGUAUUACCCCUUGUUAUAAUGAGUAAAGGUAAGCUGUUUUGGGCAACUGCGACAUAUUACAAUCGUUCGACACUAGUCACCAAUAAGCACGUAGUUGGUUCUUUUGAAGAUGACCCUCACAAUGUAGUGUGCAUUGCUUAUCUUCCUCGCGGGAGGUCUAUAAGGCUCACAUCGAGUGAGAAGGUUAUUAGCCCAUUUAAGCACCUAGAUUUAACUUUUAUUGAACUCUCUGACCAAAGCAGAGCUAUAAUGGAUGAUUCUUCAAUGAUUCCUGCUUCUUUUGGAAAAACUUAUGAAAUUGGGGAUGAAGUGGUUGCGAAGGGAUUCGGGUUGUUUUUCGAUCGUUCUUCAAUCAUACCAUUAGAAUCUCGUGGCAUCAUUUCAACUCUAUUUCGGCAAACUAUAGACACUACGUCUGAUUUAAAGUUACCAUCUGUAAUGGUCACAUCCUCUCCAUGUUGGAAUGGGUCUUCAGGGGGUGGAAUAUUUAAUAUGUCUGGUCAGCUUCUCGGUAUAAUAUGUUCUAAUGCCCAAGUCAAGUCACAAUUAGGAGAGGAGAAAACUUUAGAAACCGUAACAGAAUUCUGCUUAUGUAUACCGAUUGACACUAUCAAACAGUGUUAUUUUAAACUUAAUUUUGAUACUAAAUUUGACCUUAACCCCAAAGUAAUAGACAUUUGGAAUUUGAAUAGCUACCAUGACGACGUUGUUCUUGACGGAUCAAAAUUAUAA